AUGCACAUGCGAUCGCACCCUGGUGAGAAACCAUUCAGUUGCAGUCAUUGCACGGCAUGCUUUGCUCUCAAAAAUUCCUUAACGGCACAUAAACCAUUCAGUUGCAGUCAUUGCUCCUCUUCUUUCAGUAAAAAAGGCAAUUUAAAGUCGCACAUGCGAACGAACACUGGUGAGAAACCAUUCAGUUGCAGUCAUUGCACAGCAUGCUUUUCUCACAAAAAGUCUUUAACGGAACAUGUUCGCUUGCAUACUGGUGAGAAACCAUUCAGUUGCAGCCAUUGCUCGUCUUCUUUCAGUAGGAAAGACACUUUAAAGAUGCACAUGCGAACGCACACUGGCGAGAAACCAUUCAGUUGCAGUCAUUGCACGGCAUGCUUUACUCACAAAAAUUCUUUAACGUCACAUGUUCGAACGCAUACUGAUGAGAAACCAUUCAGUUGCAGUCAUUGGUCCUCCUCUUUCAGUGGGAAAGAUAAUUGCAUGGUACACAUGCGAACGCACACUGGCGAGAAACCAUUCAGUU